CGCAGGACCAUUCAGUCUUGUGGCUGGGCACCAUAAGAGCAUCACAGACUUCGCGUCUCAGCCCACUCAUCUUGAUUUCACUCGCCUCGAGCUACAUUAAUUACAACGAUACAGCUCUGUUACGUGGGCCCAGACAAUGGCCUCCAGCACCAGACCAUCUUGGCUGACACCAGAAGUGGAGACCAGCAUCGGCAGGGUGACGGAGACGGGCAGCGAACUGAAUCGUUUGUCAGCCAAGGGUCGGGUUCCCAAGUUCUGUUACGAUCAAACGGAUCAACUCGGCCCUGGGUGGAUCCGUGUCAUCGACCUGGUCCCCGGCGCCGGUGACGAUCCCAUCAUAUGUUCCCUCAGCCAGCAAGCACUGAGAGGUGGGGAGUCCUACGAGGCUGUGUC